AUGUUCAUACACGGUGGCACUUCUCCAGAUUGUGACCUCUCCCCUACGGUGGCUGGGGAAGAGGACCAGAACCCCCUACUGCUGGAACUAUUCAUGACGGAGUCCUUCUGUCACGAUCCACACACGGGAAAACAAGGUGGUGAGGUGCGAAUCGAAUCCUCUCUGAAUAAGAACGAGGAGGAGUUUGUAGCCAGAAGGAGAAACUCUGUUCUACAAAGCCUGAAGAAGCUUCAGAUAAAGUGCAUGGUGUGUGUGUUUCAGAAUGAGGUACCAAACAUUGCAUUACUGGGUUCUGGAGGAGGACAAAGAGCCAUGGUGGGUUUGCUGGGAUCCCUGGUUCAGCUCCAGAAAACCUCCAGUCUUCUGGACUGUGUGCUUUAUCUGAGCGGAGUCUCUGGAUCCACCUGGUGCAUGGCCUCCUUAUAUCAGGAGCCAGACUGGUCCACCAAACUAGAGGCUGUGAAAGACAAGAUCCUCCAGAGACUCAGCGGUCCUGGAGUCAGCUGGACAGAUGCAUUAGCCAAACUGAAGAAAUAUUACUAUGGGAAAGACUUCUUCAGCAUGACUGACAUCUGGGCAGUGAUGGUCGUCACGGCAUAUGUGAAAGAGAUCGAUGAACACACACUCACAGAGCAGUGGAGCCAGCAGAGUAAAGACCCGCUGCCCAUCUACACAGUGAUCGACAAGCAAGGCAAACAGCUAAAUGAAGGAGACCCCUGGUUCGAGAUCACUCCACAUGAAGCAGGUUAUUCUCUCACUGGAGCGUUUGUGGACGCCUCAAACUUUGGCAGUCAGUUUCACAAAGGCUCUAAGAAAAAUAAACAGGAUGAAUUUGACAUGCUGUACCUUCAAGAACAGCAGCAGCUGAAAGCUCUGUGUACCAGCACUUUAGCUGAUGAAGACGAUAUUAAGAAACAAAUCUUGCAAAAGAUAAAAGAACAGGACAAGAGGAGACAGGAAGGAUUGAGAAGAGAGAAGGGAACAGGAUCGGGAAAAGACUUUGCGGCGGGACUCAACCUCGGGCCUCCAGAAGCGCUACUGCACAAUAUAUCAGAGCGGAGUCAACCAGAUCCAAACUCUCCAGCUACAGACCAAUGUUACCAGGAGCUCAUGAAAAUCGUGGACAUGAAUCUCUCCGUUUCGACUGCUCUUGAUGAAUCCAUCAGAACAACACUGACCGAUGAAGCAGUGCACUCCACUCUUUCGGAAAGUGAGACGAGAGACUUUGAAGACGCCGGGAUAUUGCUCAACGCACCCUACUUCUCAGUGCUGAGAAAAGAGAGAAACAUCGACCUCAUCAUUUCCCUGGAUUUCAGUGAGAGUGAUCCUUUCAUGACAGUGAAGGACACUGCCAAGACAUGCAGGGAACAAAACAUCCCUUUCCCUGAGGUCAACUUUGCCAGUGAGGACUCACAGAAACCGAAGGAUUUCUAUGUGUUCAAAGGCCAAAACACUCCAACCGUGAUUCACAUCCCUCUCUUUAAUGUGGUCAACUGUGGAGAUAAAAUUGAGGACUGGAGAAAAAAAUAUCGCACGUUUCAAGGUCCUUACAGCGCUGAUAUGAUCACUGAUCUAAUGGAGGUCGCUGGGAAAAACAUCUCAAACAAUAAAGCAAAAGUGCUGAAAGAGAUUCGUACGAUCAUUGGGCAAAAAAGAUCCAGACACUAA